UUCUGAAGCUCAGAAUCAUGAGAACAGCGUGACUCUGCAAAACCAAAAUUCCAAAGAAAAAAAAAACAAAAAUCAAUUUGAGCUUGAACCUUGAAGGUGCAUGCAUCAAUGGAGAAUCAGAAUCUCAAUCAGAAGAAGAAGAACAGUUACCCCUCUCUCCCUUCCAACUACGUCACUCUCGCUCAACUCCAACAGCGAUGGCUCAACCAACAAACCCAGAACCAAGACAAACAACAACAACAACAACCGCAGCAUCAAGAAGAAGAACCGAUUGCGGCUUCAACGAAUGAAACCGCUGCCGGAGACUCGGUCACCAACCGCCGUGAACCGGAGGCCGGCGCCGGAAUCGGAGGUGAAUCCGCCGAUCUGAACAAGAAGGUCGCUGAAUCGUCGAAGAAGAAGCGGAAAGCAUGGAAAGGGAAUCGGAAGCGGAAACCUAACGUGGAGGAGCAGAAAGCAGCGAUUGAAGAAGGUUCGGAAGCUGCAAUCCGAAGCGAGGUGAACGAGAAGAAUGGCGUUGAUUCGGUCAAGGUGGAGGAGGAGGAAGGUGAGCGGAAAUUUGGGGGUUCAUCGGUCAACGCGGUGAAGGGGAAUCGGAAUGGGAGAGUGAGAAGGGUGGAGCAGAAAGGAGUGAGUGUAGGAGGUCCGAGAACUGCAAUUGGAAUGGUGUGGAGCGAGAAGAGAAGAGUUGAUUUGGUAAAAGUGGAGGAGAAUGUUGAACAGAAAGUUAGGGUUUUAACUGUUGUGAAGGGGAAUCGGAAUGGGAGAAUGAGAAGAAUGAACAAGGUGGAGCAGAAGGGAGCGAGAGCGAGUGAAGGAGGUUCGAAAAUCACAAUCGGAAGCGAUUUGGAUGAGAAGAAGAGUGUUGAUUUGGUGAAAUUGGAGGAGAAAGUUGAACAGAAAUUUGGGGGUUUAACUGUGAAUGGGAAUCAGAAUGGGGGGAUGAGAAGAAUGAAUGAGGUGGAGCAGAAAGGAGAGAGUGAAGGAGGUUCGAAAACCAUGAUCGGAUGCGAGUUGAAUGAAAAGAAAAAUGUUGAUUUGGUGAAAUUGGAGGAGAAAGCUGAGCAGAAAUUUGGGGGUUUAGCUGUGAAGGGGAAUCAGAAUGGAGGGAUGAGAAGAAUGAACAAGGUGGAGCAGAAAGCAGCGAAUGGAGAUUCGAAAACCGCAAUCGGAAACAAUUUGAACGAAAAGAAAAGGGUUGAUUUGGUGAAAUUGGAGGAGAAAGUUGAGCAGGAAUUUGGGGGUUUAACUGUGAAUGGGAAUCAGAAUGGAGGGAUGAGAAGAAUGAACAAGGUGGAACAGAAAGCAGCUAAUGGAGGUUCGGAAACCGCAAUUGGAAGCGAUUUGAACGAAAAGAGAAAUGUUGAUUUGGUAAAAGUGGAGGAGAAAGCUGAACAGAAAUCUGGGGGUUUUUCAGUCAACUCAGUGAAGGGGAAUCACAAUGGGAGAAUGAGAAGAAUGAAUAACAAUGACGGUUUUCGCCACUAUGAAUCUCAGAGGAAUGGUCAUGGCACUGGCUACCGUCGUCACGGUGGUUUCAAUGGUCAACACUCCAAUGUUCAGAGGGGGAAAAGUGACAAGAUGGUUUGGGUUAGGAAAGAUGAUGUUGGUGCUGGUGCUGGUGCUGGUGCUGGUGAUGGUGGUGAAAUUGAGAGUGAGACCUAGCUUUAUGUUCUUGUUAAUUUUCAUUUUUUGGUGUCUUUUGAGUUUUGAUUCAAACUCAUAGAAACAUGUCAUAUGAUAUGAUGAUUGCUUGAACCUUGAGGCCAUUGUUAUGUGUAUGCUAACCCUAACCCACAUUUUGGAGACUGCAAUUUCUGGUAUGGAAUUGGCUUAACAUCA